UAAAUCUGAAAGUUGUCAAAGAACCGCGUCAUCUUUCUCUUCUGAGCUCAACCUAAAACCCUAACGCUAGCUCAUGGUGCGGUUGGGGGCGCUCGCCGCCUCGACCACGUCCACCUACACCUCCGGCCAUAUAUGGCGGAUCAUCCCUCGUCCCGUCCUUGAAACGAUACUUAACAACUUCGCAGACCAUCUCCGCGUCCCACAGCCCCUCCUGCUCCAUGGUCCUCGUGGGGUCGGCAAAACUUCCCUUCUCCUCCAACGCCUCCUCCCAGAAUGGAACAAAGGCCAUCACAUCACCGGCUAUGUCGACUUCGCUGCCAACACUCGCGUACCGUGGACCUUUUUUGCUCCUGCUAAUCUCCCUUACGUCACCAACCGCCUCGAGCUCGAGCUCGAGGCCAUGGCUGAGCGAGGCGUUCGCCUCGGAACCAUAGGAAGUGCAUCCGUAUUCACUGCGCUUAACAAGUGGCACGGCGUGGGAGGCGCUCUCCGCCGGGUCAUUGGGCCGGAUCGACUUACAAAGCGAGACGAGGCGGUGCCGGUGUCUGCGCUUUGGAACAAGGCGUUGAUCGUUUUUAUGUCCCGGAUUGGAGAUGGUGAGCUUGAUACUGCGCUCGGAGAAGCUGCUUCUCGAGAGGAGGCGGCGUUCAUGAGGGAAGGUAUGUUUGCGUUGAGGCUUGCGAAAGAGGUACUGGGAAUGCAUCAGGAGUGGAGGAGGGCGGCAGUAAUGCAUCUCAACCAAACUGGGCGUUUCUCGAGGACCCUAGCGAAUUCUGCCACUGAUUGGCCUUGUCUCCUUCUACAGAUACUAUCUGAUGCUGCUGAGAUCGAUUUCUUUCAGCCGAAGCUGGUUAUAAAUAACAUUGAUUUUCUUCGGAGGACUGUCACAACAGAUGAUUCAACUGUUCCUGCUACUAUGUAUCAUGAUAGUUUAAUAUGGAGAGUCAUAGAAAUGGGAGUGAAUGAUAGAUGCUUGCCAGUAAUUUUUAUUACAUCAGACAGCUAUUAUUCUUACCAAGCAUUUGUAGAUUUUGGAUUUCGUGACAUGUUCAUUUUUCGAGAGACCUUUGGUUGGACACUUGAACAAGCUAAGCUGCAUAUGAUUUGUGAUUUAUUUAGUGAAUCUGAGUGGAAAGUGAUUGGUGAGGUUCUUGGUCCAAAUCCACGGCACCUAUCAGAGCUUUAUGCGCUUAAACAGACAGAUUCUUAUCAACAGGUUAACAAUCAAAGUAGUUUUGAGGAUAUUGUUGAUGCUUAUCUUGCUUUUUUGCAGGUGACUGAGGUCAAUCCUGCCAUGGAGUCAGCAUUAGCUAUCUUGCAGAAAUUUGCCUCUGAUGUACGGAGUGGAAAAAUUCCAAAAGAACAAUUACAUUUUGGUGCUCCUUGGAGACAUCCACCUUCUACUGAUGAUCCUGUUGCUUCUUUGAAAUGGGCCAAGAUUCAACUAAUGGAUUUUGUUCAAUCUCUGAUCAAUGCAGAGUUCGGGGUAUGCAUCUUCCCUGAUAGUUUCUAUUUAGAUUUACGCAGAUUAUCCCUAUCGGAGGUUGGUUUACUCUAUCAACAAAGGGAUCCAUCUUUCAUACGCCCAAUCACAGUUGGAUUUCAAAGAUGUAUUGUGAGAUGGCAUGUACAGGAAAUAAUGCAAAUGAGCUUUCAAGAUUACAUCUCAUUCAUGUGGCAGCGUAUUAUACGAGGAAGGAGCUACCGGCAUUUGAUGCAAGAAGUUGGAUAUAAAUAGGUUAUAUUCUUCAUUUUAUUAUCAUUUGUUAUACCUUUUAUUUGAUCAUAUAGUCCUCAAUAUAUCAAUCCAACAAAUUGGUAUUUCAUAACUAAGAUAGCAUGUAUGUAAAUCUUCCUAAUUUUAAUUUUAUUAUGGAUAAGCAUCUACCUAAAUCCUAAUUAAAAUAGGUCUACAUGAAGUUUUUAACAUAUUAGGUAUAUUUCAUUGAGUGAAUAGAUAAUCUACUAAUGGGGUGGUCUUCUCCAUACCACAAAGUUUUUAUUUACUUUGGAUAUCAAACACCAAAAUUUCUAUAUGUACAAACAUGCCACUCAGGACUUCAAACAUCAUGUCAAAAUAAUCACUACUAUUAUUGUGUAUGCACCGAAAGUGCAAGCACAAAUCUCAAAGAGAUCAAACUAGCAGGAACGAUAGCAGCAAAUGAGCAUGAUCUGAACUAAUGACCGACAACUCGGUCGAGUUGACUGACAUACAA